UGCUUUGAUUGUUAUCCUCUCCAGGCCACCACUUCCACCGACUAUGACAUACACCCAAUCCAAACUCAAAACUAGCUCUUAUUUAUUUUAUUUGCAUCUCUCAUUGCUUCUCCUUUUUAGUAUAUUAUUUCAUUAUUCCAUCCUUGCUUACUCAAUUGAAUUUUCCUUAAUCAACUCCCAUGUACUAAUCAUCGAUUAUGAGAUAAUUAAUUCACUAAGCUGCUGCCAGGUGCCACCAAUCUCUUAAGCUUGCUUCUUCAUUCACUCAACCGAACCACUCCACACAACAAUAAUAAAUCACCUGUUAUUGUUUCUGUUAUCAAAUAUAUAUGUGAGUUGUGAUUUGUGAAAGAGGAAAGAAAAUAAGUACUACAGUAGUAGAAUGGCGGAUUGGGGUCCAGUGGUGAUAGCAGUGGUGCUGUUUGUGUUGUUAAGUCCAGGCCUGUUGUUUCAAGUGCCGGGAAGGAACAGAGUGGUGGAGUUUGGGAACAUGCAUACUAGUGGUGUAUCUAUUUUGGUUCAUACAAUUAUCUUUUUUGGACUCAUUACAAUCUUUCUUAUUGCCAUUGGUGUUCAUAUCAACACUGGUUAACUCAUUUUCAUCAAAUUAUUAUAGCCUUCCUUUAAUUUUAGUUCUGGUGUGGUUUGAAGUUAUGUUGGUUUUUAUCUUUUGGAAUAUUUGAUGUACUUUUCUUUACAAUUAUCGAGUGGUAUUUGGAAUUAAUAAUAAGAUUGGUAUUUGGAAUUAAUAA